AUGCUCCUUUCCGAACUCCUCGCCCAGCGCACCAUCACGCACAUCGCGGCCGUCGUACGGCGUGUCCAUCGGACAUGCCCGCCGCCCUGUCUAUACAGCGAGGCCGCCAUAUUCGCUGCGCUUGGUGACAUGGCGCUCAACGUGCUUGUGGCCUUCGCGCAGUCCGCCGACAUCCUCGCCACGCCCGUCACCCGCCGUGCUGCGAAGCUCACUCUCGAGCCUAAAUUGGAGCGUAUUUGGCGCGAAUACGACGCGUUCGUGCGAUCUGAUGUGGGAGGCUGCGGAGGACUUGGUGGGUUUAGUUGGUGGAUAUUGCGCAUCGUGCCUGGUAAACCCCGAGCAAAAAAGGCUGCGCGUGUGCAGUGGGUGUUUCAUGCGCUCAUACUGCUCUGUGCCCUGCCAGCGAUCCGGUUCGAGGGUGUCGAACCACCGAUCUCAAUCCAGGAUCUUCCGCCACAGCCAAAGUGCGCGCAAGACCACCGCGUAGACUUCCCGCUGAUCCACGCAGCGCACUCGCAUUGA